AUGAAAGUUGGCUGGUUCUAUUAUUUUGAUGAAUAGAAUAAAUAAGUAUUUAAUAUGAAAAAAUUUGAAUAAUCAGGCCCGUUUUAUGAAGUAAGCUUGAUAAAUAAUAAUUAAAUAACUCUAACUUAAAUAAAUACCAACCAAGUUUAUAGGUACUAAUUUAGCAGAAAUAAUCACUUUAGGAGAUGUUAGCGAAUUUUGUUUACUAUCAAAUUUAUAUUUGUUUACAAAAAUAAAAAAAGAAGCUAAAGAGAGAGAAAAAAAUCAAAUAUUGUUCAUAAAUCUAAAAGAAAAUUGACUGAAAAAUCCUAAAUCACUUGA